AUGGGCGCGCUCCGGGCCGCCGCCCUCGCCUUCCUCCUCCUCCUCUUCCUCGGCUGCCUCCCGCCCCGGCGCGGCCCGCUCAGGCCGGCCGCGGGCCGGGAGGCGAGCGAGCCCGCCUGGCGGCGCCCGCCCCAGCCCAUGUCGCCCUCUGACUUCCUCGACAAGCUCAUGGGACGCACGUCGGGCUAUGACGCCCGCAUUCGCCCCAAUUUCAAAGGCCCGCCGGUCAACGUGACCUGCAACAUCUUCAUCAACAGCUUCGGCUCCGUCACCGAGACUACCAUGGACUACCGCGUGAACGUCUUCCUGCGGCAGCAGUGGAACGACCCGCGCCUGGCGUACCGCGAGUACCCGGACGACUCCCUCGACCUGGACCCCUCCAUGCUCGACUCCAUCUGGAAGCCCGACCUGUUUUUCGCCAACGAGAAAGGGGCCAACUUCCACGAGGUCACCACCGACAACAAGCUGCUGCGCAUCUUCAAGAACGGCAACGUGCUCUACAGCAUCAGGCUGACCCUGAUCCUCUCCUGCCCCAUGGAUCUCAAGAACUUCCCCAUGGACAUCCAGACGUGCACCAUGCAGCUGGAGAGCUUCGGCUACACCAUGAAUGACCUCAUCUUUGAGUGGCUGGAGGAGCAGGAGGCCGUGCAGGUGGCCGAGGGCUUGACACUCCCGCAGUUCAUCCUGCGGGAUGAGAAGGACCUGGGCUACUGCACCAAGCACUACAACACAGGCAAGUUCACCUGCAUCGAGGUGAAGUUCCACCUGGAGAGGCAGAUGGGCUACUACCUGAUCCAGAUGUACAUCCCCAGCCUGCUCAUCGUCAUCCUCUCCUGGGUCUCCUUCUGGAUCAACAUGGACGCGGCGCCGGCCCGCGUGGGGCUGGGCAUCACCACGGUGCUCACCAUGACCACGCAGAGCGCCGGCUCCCGCGCCUCGCUGCCCAAGGUGUCCUACGUGAAGGCCAUCGACAUCUGGAUGGCCGUGUGCCUGCUCUUCGUCUUCGCCGCCUUGCUGGAGUACGCCGCCGUCAACUUCGUCUCCCGGCAGCACAAGGAGGUCGCGCGCCUGCGGCAGCGGCGGCGGCGGCGGCGGCGGCUGGUGAGUCCCCGUCGCCACCGCUGCCGCGACGAGGAAGAGCUGCUCCGCGAGAGCCGCUUCUACUUCGGCGGCUACGGGCUGGGCCGGUGCCUGCGGGCGAAGGACGGGGCCGCCGGCGAGGCGCCCGGUGCCGCGGCCGGCACGCUGCUGCGCGCCGGGGACGCGCUGCGCCGGCGCUGCGCCGACCGCGCCAAGCGCAUCGACACCGUCUCCCGGGCCGUCUUCCCCUUCUCCUUCCUCGUCUUCAAUGUCUUCUACUGGGUGGUCUACAAAGUGCUGCGCUCGGAGGACGUCCGCCCGGCGCCCUGAGGAGCCGCCGGCCGCCCCGGCGUCGCCCGCCGCCGGGCUCGGGGGCGCUUUGGCCGCAGCAGAGAGCGGGAAGGGGAAAAAAAAAAAAAGGAAAAAGGAAAAAAAAAAAAUACUCCCCCCUCCCCGGGCCUUUUGGAGCCCGAUCGCCCCGCUUUCCCCCCGCCAGCCCCGCUCUGGUGCCCCAGAGCAGAGCAUCGUAAAUCCCAGCAGGGCUCCCGGCCCUCCGGCCCUCGCUAUCCUCAGUGCGUAGAGGACAGACAGACAGAUGGACGGACGGACGGACGGACGGCGUCCGCAGGCGCUUCCAGCUCAGCCAGCCAACGUGCG